GGUCUGUGACCGGGUCAUGGUUGGGUCAGACAGACAGUAAUAAGAUGGGUCCAGUCUAGGGGUUUGAAUAGCCUGUGUAGAAUGUUCUGUCUGUGUAGGAGGAGCCAGACACAGAGGGGAUUAUGGGUAUUGACAUUGCAGAGUGGCAACAUCUCACUGACAGUUCUAACAGGACAGACACACGGAGAGAAAGAGAAAGGAACAGGUAGAGAGAGAGAAAGAGAGAAACUAGGUGCUCUGUAGGAGAGGUUGUGAUUUGUCACAACAUUCCACAAAGGACAGUAGAUCUAUCCCAAACAUCAGAGAUACUUGUUUUCUUCAUUUUUGUGACAGUUUAUGAACGUAACAGCAAUAUACACAUUUUUGAUGAAUCCAUGUUCCUGUUGCAUUCUACCUGUUUGUUAAGUGGAUUUCUCGAGUCCUCAAACACCAGCACUGACUGAGCCCAACUACUAGGACAAUUACUACAUUCUUUGAGAGCUUGGAGAACUAUCCAAGGACUACCAGGAACACUGUCAGCCCACCCUGACCAUCAUGUUUCAGAAGCAGAGGAAAAGCGUCAAAGCCGCGAGGAGCAACAAGACAGAGGCUAAAGAGAAGGUCCUUUGGAACAAAGCUCAGCAGACGAUAGCUCAGCGAUGUGGAGACCCGAAAGUGGGAGGGAAGGAGGAGAACGUCAAGGAGAACAAGGAGAACCAGCUGAGGUUUCGUGGGGAUGCGGUGGAGGACGUUGAAGAGGUGAAGCCGGAGAGGCAGAGUGUUUUCGAUAAAGCUGUCUAUGACCUGGCCCACACGGAGAGGGUGAUGAAUGACCUGACGUUCGGAAGGAGGGUGGCCUUCUACGAGCUGAGAGGGGAGAUCGGCUGUGGAAACUUCUCCCAGGUGAAACUGGGCUUUCAUGACCUAACUAAAGAGAGAGUGGCAGUUAAGAUCCUGGAUAAAGUCAAACUGGACAAGAGGUCCCACGUGCUGUUUGCCUCAGAGAUCGGGUGCAUGGAGAGGCUGUCCCACCCCAACAUAGUGCGUCUGUACGAGGUGGUGGAGACGUUUAAGCGGCUGUACCUAGUGAUGGAGUACGCCAGUGGAGGAGAUCUGUUCUCACGCAUUACCACCAGGGGUAGACUCUCAAACCUGGAAAGCAAACUCAUCUUUUCCCAAAUUCUGGCUGCAGUCAAACACAUGCAUGAUAACAACAUAGUCCACCGGGACCUGAAGGCAGAGAACGUUUUCUACACCACCACAUACUGCGUCAAGGUAGGUGACUUCGGCUUCAGCACCUCCUCACGCCCCGAUGACGUCCUCACCAGCUUCUGCGGCUCCACGCCCUACGUCGCCCCAGAGCUCUUCAAGGACAAAGGCUACGUGGGCCAGUCCGCUGACGUCUGGGCCCUGGGUGUACUACUCUACUUCAUGACUACAGCCAUGUUACCCUUCAACGCUGCCAACCUCAGCCGGCUGAAGGUCUGCAUCCUUCAGGGCUCCUUCACCAUCCCAGCCUACGUGCCCGACCCCUGCCACCAGGUCAUCCAGGACAUCCUGAGGCCCGUGCCCGCCGACCGUCUCUCCGUGGCUCAUAUCAUGACCUACACCUGGCUGAAGGGCAUUGAUUACCCCCAGGCGUACCCCUCCUCCUGCCCGACCCCAGCCCACCUGGUGGAGCCCUCCAGGGUCCUGGGUACAGAUGAGCUGGAUGUCAAGGCAGCUCUGGCAGACCUGGGGAUAACAGAGAGCCACCUGGUGAACAACGCCUGCCAUGACUUGAGGAGCCCUGUGACGGGGGCCUAUAGGAUCCUGCUGCACCGUAUCCAUAAGAGGAAGAAAGUGGAGGCGGUGGGGUACAGCGCUGAGUGUCACAAAGACUUCCAGGUCAAGAGACGCUGGAGCGAGGGUACCUUACCUCUGUUGAGGCCUUCUGCUGUGUGUGUAAUCAUGUAGAGGGGAAGGAGUCUAGCAAAUCAGACAGUUAGGAGUCUAGCCAGUCAGACAGGGAGGAGUCGAGCUUGUCAGACGGGGAGAAGUCUAGCCUGUCAGACGGGGAGGAGUCUAGCCAGUCAGACAAGGAGGAUUCUAGCUUGUCAGACGGGGAGGAGUCUAGCCAGUCAGACGGGGAGGAGUCUAGCCAGUCAGACAGGGAGGAGUCUAGCCUGUCAGACGGGGAGGAGUCUAGCCAGUCAGACAAGGAGGAUUCUAGCUUGUCAGAC